AUGUCAUCAGCAGAGAAGAACACUUCAGAGAAGAAGUCCUCUGAAAAGAAGACAACUGAAAAGAAAACCACGGAGAAGAAGACUGACGAUAGCGCCCUCCCCAGUGUGAUUACAGAUGGCGGCCGGGUUGUUAAAAUGGAGGUGGACUACUCUACGACCUGUGACGAGAAGAUUCCUGCUGCACACCAGUUAGCCAAAGAGGGUCGCGUGCAGGAGGCUGUGGAGAGUCUCAUGGUGUUGGAGAAGCAGACUAGAACGGGAGCAGAUGCACAUUCCACAAGCAGAGUCCUGGUUGCAAUAGUGGAAAUCUGUUUUGCUGCCGGAGACUGGAACUUGAUGAACGAAAGCAUUGUCACACUCACCAAAAAGCGCUCCCAGAUCAAGAUGGCUGUGACUAAGAUGGUGCAGAAGUGUUGCGAAUAUGUUGAUCAGACUCCAGACAAAGAAACAAAGCUCAAGCUCAUGGACACUCUAAGGACUGUGACAGCUGGAAAGAUUUAUGUGGAAGUGGAGCGUGCACGACUCACCCACAAGUUGGCCAUGAUGAAGGAGGCCGAGGGUGACAUCACUGAGGCUGCAACCAUCCUUCAGGAACUUCAAGUGGAGACAUUUGGUUCAAUGGAACGUAAAGAGAAGGUGGAAAUGAUUUUGGAACAGAUGCGUCUCUGUCUUUUGAAGAAGGAUUUUGUCCGCACUCAGAUCAUUUCCAAGAAGAUCAGCACAAAAUUCUUUGACAAUGAGAAAGUGGACGACCUCAAGCUGAAGUUCUACAAUUUGAUGAUUGAACUAGACAGUCAUGAGGGCUCCUUCCUGAGCAUCUGCCGUCACUACCGUGCUAUUUAUGACUCCAAGAGUGUCCAGGAGGAUGAGACAGAGAAGAAGAGGAUACUGAAGCACGUUAUUUUGUUCAUUAUUCUUGCGCCAUACGAUAAUGAACAGAAUGAUCUCCUCCACCGCAUCAAGGAGGACAAAACGCUUGAGGAGAUCCCUCAGUACAAAGAUCUUCUUCAAUUGUUUGUGACAGCUGAGCUGAUCAAAUGGUCUGGUCUCUGUGAUGUGUAUGAGUCAGAACUCAGAUCGAAUGCCAAUACAGUUUUCCCAAAGAAUGAGGAGGGAGAUAAUCGCUGGACACAGCUCAAAAACCGUGUGGUGGAACAUAAUAUUCGCAUGAUGGCUAAGUAUUACACAAGGAUUCACUUGAAGAGAAUGGCUGAGCUUCUGGACCUGUCCAUCAAGGAAAGUGAGGAGUUUCUGUGUCAGUUGGUGGUCUCUGGCACUGUGACAGCCCGCAUGGAUCGACUGGAAGGUAUUGUCAACUUUGGCACAACUCCUGAACAUUCACAGCUGCUCAACAGUUGGGCUGACUCAUUACACCACCUCAUGGCGCUUGUCAAUAAGACUACACAUCUCAUCAAUAAGGAAGAAAUGGUACACAAACAUCUGCUUACUGUGAAGGAGUAAUUUUUAUUAGUGUACGUAAAUAGACUUGUGUGGAUGGAUGGAAGAAUAUUUUCAGAUCUCUCUCUAUUAACAUGUUUUUCUAGCAUGUAUGUAUAGCAUACUGUAACUUCCAAAUAUACAAAGGAAAAAUGUUUAAAAAAAAAAGCUAUAGGAAUAAUUUUCAUGGAUAACUUAUAUAAUAAAGUGAGGAACACCUACAAAAGAGGGAAGUAUUUACAUAAUGGUUUUCUAAUUGGCGAAGUUACUUGUGGAUGUGUAUUCCCCAGUGUUAAUGCAGUUAUAUUUCUUAAAUAAAU